AUGCCCCUGUCCGAAGAUGUCGAGGCCAGUGAGCGGCUUGAGCAUUUAGAGCCGCUGCUAUUGGAGGAGCAGAUUGUGGAUAGCUCCCCAGUCAUCCUUCCUGCACGAGCCUUAGCAUGCUUCUUCCUGCAACACCUUUCAAAUUCAGUGGUCACAGGCCUGUACGAAUUCUCCUGCUUCUUGUUUCUCAUUGAGAUUUUUCGGGACACGCUCGUGCCCUCGUCUCUCGUCGGUCUGGUAUCCACCUUGACUGGAUUAUCUUUAUCCGGCUGGAUCGGAGGUCUGGUUGAUGCCACUGAUCGUCUGACAUUCGUGAAAUGGAUAGUUGGCGCCGAAAAGAUCCUCUAUAUUGUCAUAUAUACAGUCUUUGCAGGCCUCUUUGGACCGCUCGAAUCGGUAGCCUCGCUGGCAUUCCACUUCAAAGCGACAUGGUCAACGAACCUCAUCAUCUGGUGCGCCAUCUUUGUCAUCGUUAGUGCAUCGAGCUUUCUGGCGAUUGCCAAGACCGGUCUGAACGUUGCAUUUGAACGAGACUGGGUCUCGACUAUCGCGAAUGGCGAUGCUCAUCACUUGACAAUGUUAAACGCAUGGAUGAGACGGAUAGAUCUAUGCAGCAAGCUGGGCGCACCGCUCAUAGUAUCUCUCUUGACGACUCUUCUUGGGUAUCAACGGACGACCAUGAUCUUAUUAUGCUUCUCAGGAUUCAGUCUUGCAGCGGAACUAUUGUGGUUUCAAGUGGUCUAUCGAGCAUUCCCAAUACUUCAGCAUCCGCGAACGCAUGCACGGGAGCGCACGACCGAGUCCUCCAGGGCGGCGUGGUUGUCACGAGAGAUGGAAGCCUGGUCUACCUUCAUCUCUCUACCGGUAUUCUGGAGUUCCCUGUCUAUCGCUUGUCUGUAUCUCACAACUUUAUCGUACGACGGGACUUUCAUCGCCUACAUCAAAUCUGCGAGAGGGUGGGACGAUGCUUUCAUCGCAGGCAUGAGAGGCCUGUGCGUUCUGACUGGACUGUUGGGCACCGUCAUCAUGCCACUGUUGGAGACGUGGCUAGGUCUCGAGAGAGCUGGCGCAUGGUCUAUCUGGUUCGAGGCGUCGUGUCUGGGUCCAGUGGUUUUAGCCUUCUUUAUCGGCGCCCCAGAGUACGGGUCAAAAGGUUCAUUCUGGAAUUCGGCGGUCCUGUUCGGAGGUAUUGCUCUCUCACGCAUCGGGCUUUUUUCCUUCGAUCUGUGCCAACUCAAGGAGCUUCAACUUGCUCUGGAUACCCAUCCCAUGCGGAAUCAAUUGACUGCCCUGCAGAGCUCGCUGGCCAACAUGUUCGACUUGCUCAAAUAUGCUUUGACGCUCCUUAUUGCGACGCCAGAUAGAUUUCGAUACACCGCCUUGGUCAGCUGGGCAGCAGUAGUCACUGGAGGAAUCCUCUAUUCCUUAUACCUUCGCCGUAUACGAGGUCAUUUAUUCCAUUUCGAAUGGCUCAAGAAGGCUACUUAG